AUGAUGCAUUCAUCUGUGAAAAAUCGGCACGUUGAUCGUAUUUCUAUAUUAUUACAAAAAUAUAAUAUUGAAACAAUUAUUCAUAUCAAAGGUCAAAAUAAUUGCUUCGCUGAUUAUUUAUCUCGUCAUCCAAUACAACAUAAUGAAGAAAUUUUUGAUGAGGAUUAUGAUACUAGUAUGUUAUUUCAGGAGGAACCACCAGAAGAGGUGUCUGUUCCUGUAGAUAAUUCAUUAGUUAUUGGUGCUGUUGUAACCCUCAAAAUAUUAUCUAAACAUGAAUCAUCACUAUUGUCAAAUCAAGCUGCAGUCGAACCACCAAAUGAACUUUCAUCACAUUUAAUUACGUCUAAUCAAUUCGACAUCACCAAGAUUAAAGAAGAACAAUCAAAAGAUUCAUGUAUUCAAAACAAAAUUAAAGAAAUUAUAGAAGAUCCAACGAAGCAUCCUUAUGCAUUUAAAGAUGGUGUAUUAUACAAAUUAAUGACAAGAAAUGCAACUAACACCACAAAAACAAAAUUGAUUUAUUUACCUUCAUCGAUGAUUAAUUCUCUCCUUCAAUCGUAUCAUAAUGAUCCACUCGGUGGUCAUUUUGGUAUUCGUCGUACUUAUUUCAAAAUUAAAAAUAAAUUUUGGGUGGCCAUAUAUGAAACGAUCAAUUAG